AUGCAUAAUAGGCGAAUAUCAGAGGCUGUGCGUACGCGCGAUCAAAAUGCAGUACAGGAAGAGUUGGAAAGAAUAAAUGAGCCAAGAGACAAUGUUGAGCUAAGGCUGCUUGAUGAGGAAAGAUACGACAUUGGUCAUGAUAAACACGACAGAUUUGGAAUGAAUGAGGAAGAUGACUCACAUCAUCUUGUGCGACAGGUCGUGCCAGAAACAGAUGAUCCAUUUUUACCGUCGCUCACAUUACGUGCAGUCCUGCUUGGAAGUAUAUUCACAAUCCUGGGUGCGGGCAUGUCACAACUUUUUUUCUAUAAGUCGAAUGCGCCAUCUUUCAGCACAUAUUUUGUGAUACUUGUAACAUUACCUCUCGGUAGGUGGCUUGCACGCCUUCUGCCGGAUCGCGAGGUCAACCUCCUUGGCUGGCGGUUUCGUUUAAAUCCAGGUCCAUUCAGUGUGAAAGAACAUGUUUUAAUUGCCGUGACAGUGUCUUCCGGUGCAACCAGUGCAUAUGCAUCAGACAUCAUUAACAUUCAAGAAUUGUUUUUUGGUCAGCACAUGUCUGUUAUUCCGUCCCUCACGCUCCUUAUCACUACUCAGGUCAUUGGUUUCGGCUUUGCUGGUCUCGUGUACAAUUUACUUGUCCGACCACCUUCGAUGGUAUUUCCAAGCGCUCUAGUAACUGUGUCACUCUUUAAUACCCUUCAUGAUGAUGUCUCUCUCAAAACCCAAAAGCGCAUGCGUUUUUUCCUUAUUACUUUUGCGGCUAUUUUUGUGUACCAAUUCAUCCCUACCACUUUAUUCCCUACACUGAGCAGCAUUGCCGUUCUAUGCUAUUUCCAUCGCAGCAGAAUAACGCAAAUUUUGAGCUCAGGAUACAAAGGAUUUGGUAUCGCAAAUCUUAGUUUUGAUUGGAAUGUCCUUGGUAACAGCGGCCCAUUGUAUACGCCAUGGUGGGCAUCCCUCAAUUUUUACAGCGGUCUCAUCCUCAUGAUGUACGUUGUUAUGCCUCUACUAUAUUUCACGAAUUUCUGGAACGCCAAGUCGUUUCCGUCUGUUCUCAGCUCGGCACUGUACAAUACCUCUUACCAGACCUUUGACGUGAACGCCGUGCUUCAUCCAGAUAACACUCUUAAUGAGAGUGCUUGGGCGACAUACAAACCCAUGCUCCUAACGCCAUUCUUUGCUAUCUCAUAUGGUAUUAGUUUUGCCAUGCUUACCAGUACCAUCACGCAUGUAUUAUUAUGGCAUGGCAAAGAAAUUAAAAAGGCAUUAUGGGAUCCAUUGUACUCAGAUAUCCACAACCAGCUUAUGAAAGAGUAUCCAUUGGUACCACAAUCUUGGUACAUCAUAACGUUGCUACUGUCUCUUGGAAGUGCUGUGAUCCUUGUGUCAACGACGCCAUUGCAAUUCCCAGUUUGGGGACUGCUCCUGUCAGUGGGCAUGUCUUUAUUUUUCUUGAUUCCCAUUGGGAUUUUAAAAGCUGUCAGCGAUACAGGUGUGGGUCUGAAUGUGAUUACAGAAUUCGUGGCUGGGUACCUUAUUCCAGGAAAACCUAUCGGCAAUGUGUGCUGGAAGUGCUAUGGCUAUAUGAGCUGUGCACAGGCCUUGGACAUGAUUGGUGAUUUGAAGCUUGCUCACUACAUGAAAAUUAACCCAAAGCAUAUGUUUUUGGCACAGCUUUUAGGAACUGUGAUUGGAUCUAUCGUGAACUACAUGGUUGUGUGUGUGGUGCUCGCGCCUGAAAACGGGUACCGCGCAUUUUUAGACGGAAGCGCAUCGGACCCCACGGGACAAUGGGAUGGACGUAAAGUACAAAUUUUCCGCUCUGCGUCUAUUAUUUGGGGUGCAGUUGGCCCUCAGCGUUUCUUUGCUGGCAAUUAUCUGUACUUGUACUGGGGCUUUGCACUAGGUGUGGUCUUACCUUUAAUCCCGUGGCUCCUUCACAGAUAUCAUGUGCGACAUGCUUUAAAGAAGUCAAAAGAUACCAUUUACAGCCGAAUCGUCAUACCUAUAUUGCUUCACGGAGCCAUUGCACCUCCUGCAACGCCAACCAACAUUAUGUUGGGAGGCUUUGUGUGUGCGUUCCUUUCGCAGAAAUGGAUGCGUGAGCGUUACCCUCAUUGGUUCAGGAAGUACAACUAUGUCCUUUCAGCCGCAUUGGAUGCUGGCUCUUCUGUGAAUGCUCUAACCGUCUUUUUACUAUCCAUCACGUUGUUUCGCUGGUACGGCACACCUCAUUUCUUCCAAUCGAGUGAUACGGACGUGGAGCAUUGCAAGGUUGACUGA